AACCCCCCCUCAAAAAUCAAAUGACAGCUUCAACAGUCGAUCUGAUCGGGCUUCCUCCUCCUCGUCACCACCGCCAUGGCUGAACCGAGCCCUCUCGAUCUCCUCCUCCUCCUCCUCCCUUCACCUUCUUAGCGCCCGAAAGAGAGGCGCGGAUGGACAACUCCACCACCUCGCCGGGCGGCUUCCUCGCGGCUGACAACCUCGGCGGUUUUGGCUACGGCGUGGGCAUUUCCGUCGGCAUCCUCCUCCUCAUCACCACCAUCACCCUGGCCUCCUAUUACUGCACCCGGACUGCCGACCCGGCGCCCCAGCAGCGCAACAUAGUGAAUGUCCGCCGCCUGAGGACGCGCCCCGAUGGGGCGGCGGAGGGGGACGCGGUGGCCGUCGACGUGGGCCUCGACGAGGCCACCAUCAAGAGCUACCCGAGGCUUCUCUACUCGGAGGUGAAGCUGAGGAGCCCGGCCUCGACGGCUUCUUGCUGCUCCAUAUGUUUGGCGGACUACAAGGGCCACCACGAGCUGAGGAUGAUACCGGACUGCGGCCAUCUGUUCCACCACGCGUGCAUCGACCCGUGGCUGAGGAUGCACCCGACUUGCCCCGUGUGCCGGACUUCUCCGAUGCCUACCCCGAUGUCGACGCCGCUCGCGGAGGUGGUGCCGCUGGCCAGUAGGAGGGAUUGAUCACGAUUGAAGGACGAUUCUGGGAUGAAUACGUAGGCAGGUCUUGGAUUUUUCCCUUUGUUCUUUUUCUGUUUUCGUGUAGGUAUAGUUUGCAGGAUGCGUAUUCAUUGUUUUAUCAUUUUUUUUUACUGGAUCUAGAUCUUAGUUCUCUCAAUUCUUUGUAUAAUAAUGUCAUUCUUCUUCACAUAGGAACCCAUUCCCAGGAAUUUUAACAUGGCCUGACCGGUAAUCCU